CAAUGGCCUCCUUUCGGGCACUUCGAUCUCAGUAUGCUUCGCUGCUGAAACAAUUUAUUGCUUCAGCCAAAGAAUUUGAAGUCCUUGCUACAGUACCCUCUGAUCACGCCCCGCCCCCCAAGAUACUAUACGUGCUGGACUCGUCAUUCAAUCCUCCUACCUGCGCCCAUCUCCGCAUUGCCAGCUCCGCACUCCUGGAACAACAAGAGCCAGGCGCACGUCUACUUCUUCUACUUGCCAUCCAGAAUGCCGACAAACCGUCCAAGCCGGCGCCCUUUGAGGAUCGCCUGGCCAUGAUGGAACUCUUCGCGCAUGACAUACGAUCCCACAUUGCUGCCAGACAAUCGUCGAAGUCGGUCUCUUCAAAGGAGCAUUUUCCCACCAUUGACAUCGCGGUCACAAACAAACCUUACUUUAUUGAUAAGGCAGCGGCUAUUGAGGCUUCGGAUCACUAUCCGUCCCCCAUGGAGCAAUAUCAUCUCGUAGGCUAUGAUACAUUGAUCCGCAUCUUCAAUCCCAAAUAUUACCCUCCAGAGCACACGCUACAGCCUCUUAGGCCCCUGUUCUCUCAGCAUCGGUUGCGGGUGACGCUGCGACCUGGCAAUGAUUGGGGUGACAGGGAAGAGCAGGAGGAGUUCCUUGCUAGUCUUGCUCGUGGAGAUCGAGAGGCCGAGGGCGCACCGAGGGAAUGGGCGCAGAAGAUUCAGUUCAUUGAGGGCAGGAAGCCUGAAGACCCGCCAGUCAGCUCCACCAGGGCUCGAGAGGCGGCACAGUCUGCUCCUCAAGAUCUGGAAUGGCUAGUCCCAGACAAUGUACGGCAAUUUGUGUUGUCUGAAAGGCCAUACUCGAAGGAUAGCCCAGUACUAGGAUAUGAUAGCUCGAAGGAUUGAAUUCUAACUUGUGACAUUA